AAAAUAAAUUGUUCACAUCCUCCACCCAUUGAUUAGUUUGUUCAGUAAGUGAAGGGGGUUUGACUUCAAAAACUGCGUCCAUCCCCAUUAUCCCCAUUCAUUAAAAUAAAUUAUUAUGUAGGUUGCGUUCUCCUUCCUUGUGGUGUUGUUUGUUUUCCUGAGUCAACUCUUCUCCGGUUUCGCUUCCCUCUACCUCUCCCUCUCCUCCACAAUCCACAAUCCAAAAUGCCGUUGCUCUUCCAUCUUCUUCUUCCAUUCAUUCUUUUAGAAUGUUCCCGCGUGGCCGUGGCCGACACCAAGCCAGGAUGCCCUUCCAGCUGUGGAAACGUCACCGUUCCGUAUCCUUUUGGCAUGGGCCCGGGCUGCUCCAUGGGCGCUGGGUUUGACAUUACUUGCAAUUCCUCCUACCAUCCCCCAAUACCCUUCAUCGGAACUUCUAACCUUCAAGUUCUAGAAAUUUCUUUGAGCCAGGCCCGCCUCCGCAUACGCAACUUCGUGGCCUUCAAUUGCUAUUCCCAAACCGGGGCCCUCAUCGACACAUCCCCCUCCUGGAUCAAUCUGGGCCGCCUCCCUCUCUUCUUCUCCACAACCAACAAGUUCACCGUCAUCGGGUGCGACACCUUGGCCCUCAUCUCCGGCUCCCAGGGCCUCUCCUACACCAGCGGAUGCGUUUCCUUGUGCGCCAACCAGGACUCCGUCAUCAACGGCUCCUGCUCCGGCAUCGGAUGCUGCCAGACCGCCGUCCCCAGAGGCCUCAAGCGCUUCCAAAGCAUCAUUGGGAACCUCAACAACCAUACCAAAAUCUGGCAGUUCAACCCUUGCAGCUACGCCUUCCUAGUCGACCAAGAACGCUACACCUUCCAUCCCUCUCAUCUCGCCGACCCCACCUUUGGGUCCACCCUUACAAAUUUGCCCGUGGUUCUCAACUGGGUGGUCGGUAACCGGACGUGCGAAGAUGCUCGCAAGGGGUUGUCAGAGUAUGUCUGCCAGCCCAAUACCCAAUGUUAUGAUUCCGAGAGCGGGAGCGGUUAUCAGUGCCGGUGCAGCCAAGGCUUCAAAGGGAACCCAUAUCUCACUCCUGGAUGCCAAGAUAUUGACGAGUGCGAGGGGGCUCCGGAUAACAACCCUUGCGAAGGCAUAUGCGUGAAUACCCCUGGAAGUUAUUACUGUACGUGUCCCCAUGGUUCCUACGGCGAUGGUACCAAACACGGCAAGGGCUGCAUCACCAAAACCAAGCAAUUUCCGCUUGUUCAGCUCACUGUCGGUAUUGGCUCCGCUCUCCUUCUUCUCGUCGUCGCAGCCACAUGGGUUUACUUCACCCUCAAGAAGAGGAACCUCGUUAAACUCCGACAGAAAUUCUUCCUCCAGAACGGGGGCUUGUUAUUGCGGCAGCAGUUAUCCCAACACGAACCCACCGUUGACUCCACUAAAAUCUUCACCUCCGAGGAGCUUGAGAAAGCUACCGACAAUUACGCGGAGACUCGAAUCCUGGGCAGGGGCGGUAACGGGACUGUUUACAAAGGAAUUCUACCAGACGGAAGAAUAGUGGCGAUUAAGAAGUCCAAGAUUUCGGAUGAGAGCCAAAUCGAACAGUUCAUCAACGAAGUCAGAAUUCUGGCCCAAAUCAACCACCGGAAUGUGGUAAAGCUGAUGGGGUGCUGCCUGGAGACGGAAGUUCCUCUGCUGGUCUACGAAUUCGUGUCCAAUGGGACUCUGCACGCCCACAUUCACGAAAGUCAAAGCAGCACCUUCAAUUCAAUGUCUUGGGAUGACCGUCUGAGAAUAGCCACGGAGACGGCCGCCGCUCUGUCGUACCUGCACUCCGCAGCAUCCACACCCAUCAUUCACAGAGACGUGAAGUCGGCGAACAUAUUGCUGGACAGGAAAUGCACCGCCAAAGUGGCCGAUUUCGGAGCUUCGAGGUUAAUUCCAAUGGACCGGUCCCAGAUAACGACGCUGGUUCAGGGUACGUUCGGGUACUUGGACCCGGAAUACUUCCAAACGAGUCAACUGACGGAGAAGAGCGACGUGUACAGCUUCGGGGUGGUUCUGGUGGAGCUGUUGACGGGGGAGCUGCCGGUGUCGUUCGAUAGAUCAGAAUCGGAGAGAAACCUGUCGUCGUAUUUUAUAGCGUCGUUGCGGCAGAAGAGACUGUUUAGUAUAGUGGAUGGGAGGGUGCUGAGGGAGGGAAAGAGAGAGGAAGUAAUAGGAGCGGCGGAGUUGGCGAGGAAAUGCCUGAAGCUGAAGGGGGACGAGAGGCCCACGAUGAGGCAAGUGGUGGUGGAGCUCGAAGGCUUGAAAAGGUAUGGGGAAGACACAGAAACUCUGCUGGAACCGGAACCAGAAGGGGAACUGGAAGGGCAACAACAUGAGCCUGAGGCCGAGGAUUCAUACCCCAUAUCCAUCUCUGCCUUCCAACCUCAUGCUUACGCUUACGGUGCGCCCCGGUGACCCAUUUCUUUUACAUAUAACUUGCUGCUAAGUUAUACACGUCAAUCAAGGGUAAAUUAGGCUAUACAAUUUAUAUCUAUUUAAAUUAAUCAAUUCAUCAGUGUUUUCUUCUUUUAGAUAAUA